ACGUAGCGCACGGAAGUACGAUUUUCCACUAAGAAUUUCCCGUGAAAAUUGAAUAAGAAAAGUGUGCCGGGCCGGAAAUGUACCUCAUAUUUGUGAUCACGUUUAUUUGCUUCCUGAUGGCGUUCAGCUCAAAAUGCACCAAAAAGAUAACACCUUUGCUGUUCCGUGAUAGUUCCGAAGUAUGCGCUCUCAAGGCGGAGAUUGCCAAAUUACGGGUGGAUCUGGCGAAAAUAUCGAUGCGCGAGGAGUAUAUCAAAUACGUAAAGUGCGAAAGAACGGUGGUCGCGAUGGAGACAAAGCUGAACGAAGCGAAAGAGCGCGACAACGUGUCCCGGGUCAUGUACGAGUACGGUAUUCAGUACGGUUCCAUGGCGGUACUGGGACUAGCGCUGCUUUGCAUUUCCUUCUACUACCGUUACACCCCGAUCAUCGUUUUCGGGAACAACUUUAACUUUGCACCGUUCGGGUGGUUCAUCAAGUUACCCACGGACGUGCCCAACUCGAUUUCGGUGGUGUUCUGGAUUGUGGUCAACAAUUUCGUGGCGCGGACCGUGGCGAGCCACGUGAAAUAAACGGGAAAACUUGCUACUCACGGCCAAAGAUA